AUGAAGCCGAAACCAAUAUUCCACCCAACACCCCCAGAUAUUGUUCAUGAGAAACCCACUCAAAAUGAAUGGAAGAACAAAUCCUCAUUCAAGGAUAUGUUAACUGCCUCUAGCCAAAUGCCUUUCACCCCAAAUCUGGACCAGGCUGACAUGGACCUAACAACAACCUCCCUAGAAGAGGAAGAGUUCGAGCAUGCAUCAAACUUCAAUGAAAGAGGCAUUAAAAGAAUAUCUCUAACCGAAGAAGAUAGACAACGAAUUUAUGAGCCAUGGAAAUGCUCUAUCAUAAUUAAGCUGGUGGGGAAACGCAUGCUACGCCAUUAUUUAAAGAAAAAGAUCCAAGAAUUAUGGAAGCCAACGAAAGAAUUCUCAUUAAUUGAUCUUGGAGAGGAUUACUAUAUAAUAAAAUGCAAAAAAAAAAAAGAGGAAAAUACGGGUAAAGCUAUCCAUCAAGGACCAUGGUUCAUCAAUGGCCACUUUCUAUCCAUUUCGAGAUGGAAACCAAAUUUUGUGGCUACAAAUGAAAAGUUAGCUACCUCGACAGUAUGGAUUAGGCUCCCUCAAUUGCCAACGGAAUUUUAUGAUGAUUCGGACACACAUAAAACAAGCAAGGAUAUUAAACAUCCAACAAAGGAACAACAACCUACUACAGCAAUGGAAGAUCCAGAAGCAGAAUGA